GGACAUUUGAGCCCUGAAAAUCUGCCAAGGCCAGCAUCGCGGGGAGAGGAACCCACAGCGGGCUAGACGACCUCUGCCGAGAACUUAGUGCCGGGUUCGACGUACACAUAUCGCCACGAAGGAGCCGGAUUCGUUUUGCUCGUGCGCAUCCAUACAACAGCGUCCGAACACCUAUGAGCAUCUCGGGCAGCUUGCUUGCUAGAGGCGAGCAGCACACGCGACGACGGCCUGCGCGCAAAAGGCAUGGAAGGGAAAAGAGGGCAAGUGCACACCCGAUCGAGACGUGGCUGCUGCGAACGGUGCAGCGCUUCUCGUAUCAAGGCCGACUUUGCCCAGCACAGCACAACACAGCACAGCACAGCACAGUGCCACAGAGUGACCAAACGCUUAUGCUCAUUGGCACGGCGCCCUGGUGGAAAUUCGCCAUCCCAGAAACCUUCGUUGGUUGUUCCAGCCGCGCGAUUAUUUUGUCUCUGUUUCUCGUCGACUGCCGACACACAGCUAAGAAGGCAUUCCAUGAAUGUCGCCCACGAGAUGACGGGUGCAGAUCUUCGCCCUCUUGGAGGAUCGCCCUUUGAAGAUGUCUCAAUGGAUCUCGGAACUUGGGGCGAGACCCUGGCCUGUUUCUACCGGCACGUUUUCGCCGCUUCUAGAUCGAUCCUCGUGUCUGCACAGAUGUGGAAUUGCUAGCCGAGGAAUUGCUGGCCGAGGAAUUGCUGGCCCAGGUUCAACCCACACGUGCUUUUGUUGUACGUAACAAGCCG